UGUAAAGCAUGUUAUAACUUCUAUGCGAGUUGGAGAUACAUACGUGUAUGAUGCUGUGAUGUUAUGAUCUUAAGUUAAUGAGUAUUGUCAAAACCGGAAACACUUUGACAUAUUAAGUUGUACAUUAACAAAUGCAUCUUGACUUUCUUCCUAUUCAGGACUGUGUGAUAGUGACAAUAUGUGUUUGUUUGGAAUAUUAGGAGUGCUCAUCGUUUUAAAUAAGUCAACACACGCUGAGAAUUACAGGGUAAGUAAAGACUCAACGGAAUGGCUUCAAGCAACAUGUAACAUGGCUGCGCCACAACUUUCUUACAAGAACGUCUUCUUUGAAGUGAAGGAAACCAGUGGCAAACUACAGACCACAGAUGUUUGGAUAGGCUAUGUAACAGCUAAAGUUCCAUUUUACUUCCAUGGUUGCGCCGUCGUUCAGAAUGAGACACCAUACACAGUAACUAGUAUCGGUUAUUGCAAAAGUGUGUGUGUCAAUUCAACACUAUUUGGAGUACAGACAAGUUAUGGCCAAGAUAUAGUUAACCCGGCGGUAUCAAAGAACUGCCGCUGCGUCACUAGAUCUAUGGAUGCAAUCUCAUUUGGAAAAUGUGAUGGCACACGAUGUGAAGAAGGCUGUUAUGCUGUCUUCUCUCAGAUCACAGCAAUUGGCUACAUAAAAGACACGGGAAGUGAUGGAGAUUGCCUUGCUUACUACAACGCGGCAUUCAGUUGGCAACCCUGUACAAAGUCAGACUCUAUCAAGCCAUUGUGUAUUACCAGCAUAGCUACAGAUACAUCUGCAAAAGCAGUAAUAGGGGACCACCGGGCAGACACAUGGAGCAAAGGGAAUGCGGUUUGUUUGGACGCCGACCGGUUUCCAGCGACCCUCGCAAGUGUGAACAAUACCAAUGUAUAUACUAAUGAAAAAGAGCAAUGCUACUGGACGGGAAUUAUCAGAGCAAACACCUUGCUCAGAAGAGACUCCAUUAACAUAACCUACCAUAGUGAUGUAUCAUACGGAUUCUUGGAUGGAUACACCGGGAAAUUAAAUUUCACAAGUGAUGGAAUCAAACAAGCUCUAUGCGCAUCAGAAGGUCCAACAGGUGAUACAACAUCAACUGAAAGUUAUACGACUAUUAGAGGUGUCACCAAAUCUACUGAAGGUCAAACAACCAUGAGAUACGUCACAAAAUCAACAGAAGGUCAAGUUAUUAUAGAUGAUACAAAAGGGACAACAGUCCGAUCUAGAGCCGAAGAAGAUGCGAAGACAUCGUCUAUUGUUACAUGGAUUUCAACAACACUUGGCUCAUGUUUGGUUAUACUGGUUGUUAUCAUCGCUUGUUUGUGCUUCAAGAGGAAACAAGGGAACCACACUCGAACUACCUUUCAACAGAACGAACUUGUACAGCCAUCGAAUGCACCGCAUGAGGGUCAUGACAACGUUCAUUAUGACGUCAUUUCCGACGAUAUAAGAGAGCGUGAGGCAACAUCGUACACCUCACUCCAGAUGACAACAAAUCAUAUGUACACUGCAUUGACCGUUAGGCUAGAGAAUAAUGAUUACGCAGAUGUCGAAGUUCCGGACAGCGACGGUCAAGGGCAGACACAUACCGAUUCCGAAGCCAAAGUUAAUUAUUUUGUUGUUAAUUAAGGUUGGAACAAACUACGCUUGAACGAUCAAACUUUCCAGGAUUGAAUCCAUUGCAGCUCAAUCCCCACGACAGCGAACCAUCCUCUUAAAAUUAAAAAAAAGGAACCGGAAAUUUAUCACAUAACUGAAAUACGUCACUAAGGUAUUGCCUUAACGAUACCGCAUAUUAAUAGUCAUGAUAUUUAAGCUACCUACUCUGACGUCAAAUGUAUACAUUGGAAUAAAACUGAACAUGAACAUAGUGUACUCGAAUUUAAUUUCGUAACAACGUAAACAAAAAAAAUAUUAAAAAUGUUUAAACGCAUCGUGCGUAAUCACUAUGUAAAUAUGUAAAUAAUGUAAAUUUAAAACACUUAUACCGUAUAAUAAUAUACUUAAAUACUUAUAUUUAAAAUGUAGAGCUUUAUAAAUCUUCACAAUUGUAAUUGUCUAUUUUUGUUGUUAUUGUUGUUCUUUUUUCUUGUGAAUCCCCUACAAAAAUUCUCCUUAAUAAGUGUACAUAUUAAACUAAUUUAGUACGUGUUAUGUAAAUAUUAAACAUAUAUUUAUAUUUCAUUUUUUUCCAUUCUGAUUUUGUGUAUUGUAUUGUACCCGCAAUGUUUCUCCUAAAACAAUAAAAAAAACGUAAAAUAGAAUAAAACUUAUGAAACACGCGAAAUACGAUAAUGCCAUGUGAUUUACUCACUUGACCUAUAAAUUCUCAUUUUGUUCACACGAAAUAUUUAUAUCCUCAAUAUUUGUUAUAUAUAACAAUUCUUAAUCAUUAUUCGACUGUAAUAUAAUGUUCGUGUUAUAUGUAUAUUAUAAUCGUGUUUAUAUAUAGCAUUUGCCCUGACAUUAGAUCCAUCUUUGAUGUUUUCCAUAACAAAUGAAACGUUCAGAGUUAGUUCAUAUUAUAAUUAAGAUCAUAUGAAGAUUUGACCAAGAUCAUAUAAUGUAGUGCCUAAAAGAUUGGAAAAAUAGGUUUUCGCCAUGCAUAUAAACCUUGGCUUGUUUUUUAAACUUUCUAAAAAACUACAAUAAAGAUGGAAUCUUAAGACUAUUUUACCAAUUUGUUUUGUUUAAAAAAACUAGAUUGAACGCCAUUAAUUUCAAGUUUUCAGCACCGUUUUGCAUGUAUUCAUAAAACAUUGUAAACGAAGAAUAGGUAAGGGUUUUGAAUUUUUUUAAAUAUUAUUAGUGUUCAUAUUAUAGAAAAACGCAACGAGACAUGUAUUUUAUGCUUCUUCUUUAAUUGAAGUUCCGUUUAAUUAGUAAACCAUCCUAAUUGUUGGUAGUUUCUAUUAUUGUACAUUGUAAUGCAAGAGCUCGUUUAUUUUGUUAUUUUUUGUUUGUUAAAUACUAUUACUUUUUUCACCUGCAGUUGCAAAUUAGAUUGUUUUCUUUAAAUUUUUAAAUAAUUAACUUCAAACCUUUAAGACCUUAAAUGAUUAUUUGAAUACUUUCCGUAUUACAUGCAGUUGUUCACAGAUUCCCACAAUGAAAUAAUGUUAUUUAUGAUAACGAAUGAAAUGACAUGGAGGUCGCCGUGGUGUAAUGCCUAGCGACCUGGUAGUCAUGGGUUCGAUCCCGACUGUGGAAGCGAUUUUUUAAAUUUCCCCAAAACCAAGUACUGGUUCUAGGCACAGAAAAUUGACUGGAGAGACUUUCAAUAAGCCUGAGCCUUUCGAUGUAAUCGAGCAAAAAUAAAUAGGUUAAAACUAAAUGACACUUCAAUAUCACAAUAUACACACAAUUAGUGAAUUGAUUGUAUUAUUGUUUUAUUAUGGUUUAAUUUGUAUUAUUGACAAAUCUUAAUAUCAUUGAAUCGGUAUUAAUUUGUGUAUCCAUUGAUUAGCUAACAAGAAUCAUGUUAUUCAUUGUCUUAUAAAUCAUGUCACAAGGAUUGUUUUUUUUUAAUUUUAUUCUUGAAAUUGUUGUCUUGAUUUUGCAAAUUGUAAUUUGCAACACAGUUCUAGUUAAAUCCCUAUAAUACUUUAUUUUUUUUAAUUUCUGGCGAAUUUCACUUGCCGAAAGCCAGUAGUUUCAUCAACAAAUGCUAACAUAGACCAAAACAUGUAUAAUAUAAGAAGUUUGGCAACCUCGGGCUUUUAUUUAAUUUCAAAUACAUGUUGUUUGAUCUGUAUCGCUUCUCGGAAUUAUGGAAGAAUUACUAAUAAUUUUGUUGAAAUUGUGGCAUUCCUAAGAAUUUUUUUUGAAGAAAAGUAUUUAUUCCCCUUAACUCUUUUAAUUCAAGUCCGUCGUCACAGUAACGCUUUAGAGUAUUUUUCCAACACAAAAAGCACGCGAUAAAAAUUAAUAAUAACACAUGACUUUAUAUUAAAUAAUCUACCACAAAUGCAUUUUUACAUCCAACAUGCUUAUAGAAUUACCCAGUUGUCUGUUGUUGUAUAAUUUAAUGAACGUAUAUCUGCGAAUAUGACUAUUUAAUUUGAGGGAUACCAUCAUUCACAAUGUUUUUAGAUUAUUUUGUUUUUUAAUGUAUUUGCUGUUGUUUUUUAUUUCAUAGUACUUUUUAGCGCAUUAUUGUUAGAAUUAAAGUAAUAUGAUACAUACAUGAACCAAAAAAAUACUUGUAAAUACAAAAAUCUGUGGAGGACAAAUUUAGUUGUAAACAAUAAGUGACGUAGUGAACAGGACACGUGCUAUGCUUAUUAUUGUAUCAUUGUUCAUUGUGGUAGAAACGUCCCUUUGAUGAACACAUGUUACAUGUAUAUCUUAGUUACAUAUAGUUCAUUUUCUUGUUUAUAGUUUAAGUUUAGAUCUUUGAAAGUUGUAGAUACAUGCUUAUGCUUAUCUCAUGUUAAUAUAUUUCACAUGUUUGUGCUAAAAUAACAAGUUUAAAAGUUUUUUUAAAGCACUUUUUUAUCAAGCAUGUCGGGUGGCGAAUACAUGUCAAGAAUAACUUCUAGUGUCAUUGUUGAAUAUUUCAACUAAUCAAAUACUUAUAUUGACUAAUCAUAUUAACCCAAAGUGUAAUACACCGUGCGAAUGCGCCAUGGCCUCAACUAGCAUAAUGUGUAAUUAAGAACAAUAAAAUAUCGAAAAUA